UUCUGUAUGUGCAUGCCAAGUUAACAUUUUUAAAUCCUCUUUUCCUGUUUUAGGAAAAGUGAAUCAUCACAUUCCCUUCCGUGGAUAAGAGGACUUGGGCUGGAAGCAUGUGGUGCGUCCUGCGAGGCUGGAGGCGACAGCGUGUAGGCCCAUGGGGAGCCCUGGGACAGCAGUGGCCCCUGGGCAUCCGUGCUCUGGCCAGUGCGGGCUCCCGGAGUAGGGACGAGUACAGCCAUGUGGUGGUGGGUGCCGGCUCCGCGGGCUGUGUGCUGGCCAGACGGCUCACGGAGGACUCUGACAAGCGUGUGCUGCUGCUAGAGGCUGGGCCCAAGGACACGUAUGCAGGGAGCAAGCGGCUCUUGUGGAAGAUCCACAUGCCCGCAGCCCUUGUGGCCAACCUGAGCGAUGACAGGUACAACUGGUACUACCACACGGAGCCGCAGCCAGGCCUGGACGGCCGCGUGCUGUACUGGCCGCGCGGCCGGGUCUGGGGAGGCUCCUCAUCCCUCAACGCCAUGGUCUACAUCCGCGGGCACGCUGAGGACUAUGACCGCUGGCACCGAGAAGGUGCCGCAGGCUGGGACUAUGCACACUGCCUGCCCUACUUCCGCAAGGCCCAGGGCCACGAGCUGGGUGCCAGCAUGUACCGCGGCGGUGAAGGCCCGCUGCGUGUGUCCCGGGGCAAGACCAACCAUCCGCUGCACCGGGCAUUCCUGGAGGCAGCACAGCAGGCCGGCUACCCCCUCACCGAGGACAUGAACGGCUUCCAGCAAGAAGGCUUCGGCUGGAUGGACAUGACCAUCCACGAAGGCAAGCGCUGGAGCACGGCCUGCGCGUACCUGCACCCGGUGCUGAGCCGCCCAAACCUCACCGCUGAGGCCCAGACGUUUGUGAGCAAGGUGCUGUUUGAAGGCACCCGCGCAAUGGGCGUGGAGUACAUCAAGAAUGGCCAGAGCCACAGGGCUUAUGCCAGUGAGGAGGUGAUUCUGAGUGGAGGCGCCAUCAACUCGCCACAGCUGCUCAUGCUCUCAGGCGUCGGCAAUGCAGAUGAGCUCAAGAAACUGGGCAUCCCAGUGGUGUGCCACCUCCCUGGAGUCGGCCAGAACCUGCAGGACCACCUGGAGAUAUACAUCCAGCAGGCGUGCACCCACCCUAUCACCCUCCACUCGGCACAGAAGCCCUGGAGAAAGGUCCGGAUUGGUCUGGAGUGGCUCUGGAAGUUCACAGGGGAUGGAGCCACGGCCCAUCUGGAAACAGGUGGGUUCAUCCGGAGCCAACCUGGGGUCCCCCAUCCAGACAUCCAGUUCCACUUCCUGCCAUCCCAAGUGAUCGACCAUGGGCGGGUCCCCACCCAGCAGGAGGCCUACCAGGUGCAUGUGGGGACCAUGAGGGGCACGAGUGUGGGCUGGCUCAAACUGAGAAGUGCCAACCCCCAGGACCACCCUGUGAUCCAGCCCAACUACCUGUCAACAGAAACUGAUAUUGAGGACUUCCGUCGGUGUGUGAAGCUGACCAGAGAAAUUUUUGCACAGAAAGCCCUGGCACCAUUCCGGGGAAAAGAGCUCCAGCCAGGAAGCCACGUCCAGUCAGAUAAAGAGAUAGACGCCUUUGUGCGGGCGAAAGCGGACAGCGCCUACCACCCCUCGUGCACAUGUAAGAUGGGCCAGCCCUCCGAUCCCACUGCUGUGGUGGAUCCGCAGACCAGGGUGCUUGGAGUGGAAAACCUACGGGUGGUCGAUGCCUCCAUCAUGCCCAGUGUCGUCAGCGGCAACCUGAAUGCCCCCACCAUCAUGAUCGCAGAGAAAGCAGCCGACAUCAUUAAGGGGCAGCCUGCACUCUGGGACAAGGAUGUCCCCGUCUACAAGCCCAGGACCCUGGCCACCCAGCGUUGAGGCAGUCACUGCCUGAGAAGCCCCCUGACAGGCUAAGAGGGCCAGUAGAGCCCUUGCUCCAAAUGCUCUUUCCUGAAACUAUCUAGAACGUUAGGAUUUGGUGGUUGAGAAUUGGAUAAUUUCUUAAGAAAUGAGAC